GAGCUCAGAGUGUAGCUUCACCUGCGUCACCUUACACUUUACAAUUUGGUAGCGCUGCACCACGAGAUGGAAACCAAGUGGUUUUUGUUUAAAUAAUAAACUAAUAACAAACUAAACUGUACAGAAUGACUGGCCGGAACAAGGGUAGAGGAAAACGUGGCGGUGGCCCCUACCGCAAUGUCAAAUCCAAUCACAACUGUGAGCGCAGCUUUGCCCAGCAGGAAAAUGAACUGGCCAAAAGCGAUAGCGACAGUAACGAUGACUCGGAUUCGUCGGGUGGGGGUCCGGAUGAUCUCGGCCACCCACCGGACUUUUCGGUUGCCAUGUGGGACCUCAAUCACUGUGAUCCAAAGAAAUGCUCUGGCAGAAAACUGGCACGCUUGGGACUGAUUUCGAAUCUGCGCUUGGGACAAAAGUUUCCCGGCCUCGUCCUGUCCCCCGUUGGCCAGUUGUGUGUGAGUCCACUCGAUCGUGAGAUUGUGGCUGCUUCUGGUGUGGCCGUGAUUGACUGCUCUUGGGCCAAACUGGAUGAGACGCCUUUCAGUCGCAUGCGUAGCCCACAUCCCCGUCUUUUGCCCUUUUUGGUGGCCGCCAAUCCCAUCAACUACGGGAAGCCCUGCAAGCUCAGCUGCGUCGAGGCUAUAGCAGCAACACUAUACAUUUGCGGUUUCACGGAAGAGGCACGCUGGUUCAUGGGCAAGUUUUCGUGGGGUCAUGCCUUUCUGGAGCUAAAUGACAAGCUCCUCAAUGCGUAUGCGGCCUGCACGGGCAGCGAUGACAUACUCAAGGUGCAAAACGAAUAUUUGGAGGCGGAACAGAAGGAGCGCAACAAGCCCAGAGACCUACGUGACUUCUAUCCAACAAGCAGCAGUAGCAGUGCCAGCGAGAAUGAAGAGGAAAUAAAAACCGAAAGCUAAUCUUUACAAGGUUCUCUGAUGUUUUAUUAUCAAAAUACCAUUAACUAAUUACAAAACGUUGCGUGUGUUUUUUGUAUGUUACAAACCAGCUGUGAAGAGCAAUUCUCAAACUAUUAAAAACUAUUUGAAUGAAA